UGCGGCUUCCACAUGGACACCAUUCCCAGCAGCGAGAUCAAACGGGAGCGGGGCGCCGGCGCUGGGAAUGGAGUCAAGUGUCACGGGCGCUGAGCUGCCGCAGGAUGUGGGACCGCGAUGGUCAUUUCCUGCUGGGAAGCGGCCAAAAAGCCCACCCCGAGCUCCGCACCCGCGGCUCCACUGCCCCAGAGGCGCCCGAGCAGCGGAGCAGAGAGGAGCCCGGAGCCGCAUCCGCAUCCAGCAGCAUCCGACUGCGCCGGCACCUCUCCCAGGACCUGCCGCAAGCUACCAGGAUGGCCGAGGUGACCACUGCCCCCACUGAGACCCACACGCUCCUCAACGAGUACAGGGACUACCACAACUGGUCCGAGCUGUUCCACCUCCUCAACUACACCUACAGCUUCUGCGAGUUCAGCCUGGACGAGAACGUCAAGCGGGUGAUCCUCUUCAUCCUCUACCUCAUCAUCUUCGUGGUGGGCUUGGUGGAGAACCUCCUCGUCAUCUGGGUCAACUGGCAGAGCCGCGGCAACAAGAGCUUGGUCAACCUCUACAUCCUCAACAUGGCCAUCGCUGACCUGGGAGUGCUGCUCUCGCUGCCCAUCUGGAUGCUGGAGGUGAUGCUGGAUUACACGUGGCUCUGGGGCAGCUUCCUCUGCCGCUUCACGCACUACUUCUACUUCGCCAACAUGUACGCCAGCAUCUUCUUCCUCACCUGCCUGAGCGUGGACCGCUACGUGUCCCUGACCAGCUCCUCCCUCUUCUGGCGCAAGCACCAGCACCGCGCGCGCCGCAUCGUCUGCGCCUGCACUUGGCUCUUGGCGGCAGCGAUCCCGGUGCUGGAGGUCACGCACAUGCAGCUGGUCAACACCGGGGAGCCCAUCUGCAUCUUCAUGGCCCCCUUCGAGACCUACGACGAGUGGGCGCUGGCCGUCAGCUUGGCCACCACCGCCGUUGGGUUCCUCAUCCCCUUCCCCAUCAUCACCGUUUUCAACGUCCUCACGGCCAGGUUCAUCAAGCGCUCCAAGCCGGAGAGCAGGAAGCACUGCCUGCUCAUCUACGCCUACAUCCUCGUCUUCCUCGUCAGCUGGCUGCCCUUCCACAUCAUGCUCACGCUGCUCACCCUCGACGGCAACCACAUCGUCCUCCACUGCACCUUCGCCCACCUCCUCUACUUCUUCUACGACAUCAUCGACUGCUUCACGCUGCUCCAUUGCGUCGUCAACCCCAUCCUCUACAACUUCCUCAGCAAGAGCUUCCGCAGCAAGCUCGUCUCGGCCGUCGUCAAGUACAUCCCAAAGGAGCAGGGCAAGCAGAAGGGCGCAGACAACUCCUCCUCCACCACGCAGCACUCCAUUGUCAUCGCCAAGGACAACAGCCCCCCCAACUAACGGGGAUCA